AAAAAAUCUCAAUCAACUAUAUGGCAACUACUAGAUCAAAAAAUGUUAUCCCACUAAAGCUUCUAAUUGAUACAAAAGAGAAAAGGGUUUUGUUUGCUGAAGCUGGAAAGGAUUUCACUGAUUUUCUCUUCUCUCUUCUGUCUAUGCCUGUUGGUACCAUCAUAAGGCUCUUGUCUACUAAGGGCAUGGUUGGUACCUUGGGAAAACUCUAUCAAAGCUUAGAGAACCUAAGUGAGACUUACAUCCAAACUAAUGUGGAUAAGGAUAUCCUUCUUAAGCCAAAGUCUUCUGCCCUAGGACAAUCUUCAACUCAUCUCUUGUUGACUAAUGAAGAUACCACUUCUCAUGUGAAAGUGUUUUACUCUUGUGGUAAAACUUUUGGUAGUAAUUAUUACUCAUCUAGUACAUGUCCUUGUCAUAACAAGUAUGUAUCUGAUGAUCCGACAACCAUUUGCCCUAGUUGUGGAAGUUUGGUCAAUAAGGUUCUCACUUUUGUGCCACCCCCAAAAUAUGCCAAAGUGGGAGGAUCAUCAUCUUCUGGGGCUGAGGUGGAAGGUGGGUUUGUGAAAGGAGUGGUUACUUAUAUGAUUAUGGACGAUCUUGAAGUGAAGCCAAUGUCUACUAUCUCUAGCAUUGCUAUGCUUAACACUUUCAAUGUGAAAGAGGUUGGUGCUCUUCAGGAGAAGACCGUUUCUGUUGGCAUCAAUGAGGGUUUGAAGUUGUUGAAGGCUUCUCUUCAGACUAAAAUGGUUCUUACUGAUGUGUUCUUGAAGAAAUGA